GACCUACUCAGUAUUCCCCUUUCUCGCUCACCUAUACUAUGGCCACGCUACAUCGUCUUCCGUGCCUCCUACGCACCUCCUCCCGGUCUCUAGGGGCCGUCAGGAAACCGCUGGUCCAGAUCCCCGCAUUCCGAACGUUGGCAACCAAACAUCCCAAGGGCUUCGUUGCGCCCACCGAGGACGACCUUCUGGAACUGCGGGAAAGAGUGCAAGAGUUUACCAGGCGUGAGAUUCCCGAAGAGGUUGCCGCACAAACAGACGUCCAGAAUGAGUUCCCAGCUGAGAUGUGGAAGAAGCUCGGAGAUGCUGGAUUCCUUGGGGUGACUGCCAAUGAAGAGUAUGGCGGUCUUGGAAUGGGCUACCAAGCUCAUUGUGUGGUCAUGGAAGAGAUCAGCCGUGCAUCGGGAAGCAUUGCACUGUCCUAUGCAGCCCAUUCGCAGCUCUGUGUGAACCAGCUCUCGCUGAACGGAUCCACCGAACAGAAGGAGCGCAUUCUUCCUGGCCUUCUUUCUGGUGACAAAGUCGGUGCCCUUGCCAUGUCAGAGCACUCAGCAGGCUCCGAUGUUGUCAGCAUGAAGACAACGGCCAAGGCAGUUGACGGUGGAUACUUGUUGAAUGGAACGAAGAUGUGGAUCACGAAUGGACCUGACGCCGAUUACAUUGUCGUCUACGCCAAGACAGAACCAGAACAAGGCUCCAAGGGAAUCACAGCGUUCAUUGUCGAAAAGAAUUUCGAUGGCUUCUCGUGCGCGCGGAAACUGGACAAACUGGGAAUGCGCGGCUCUAACACCGGAGAGCUCAUUUUCGACAAUGUGUUUGUUCCCCAGGCAAAUGUAUUGGGAGAGCUUAACCGAGGCGUCAGAGUCUUGAUGGAGGGUCUCGACCUGGAACGUCUCGUGCUCAGCGCUGGUCCGCUGGGAAUAAUGCAGGCCGCCCUCGACCUUGUCCUUCCAUAUACUCAUAUCCGCAAGCAGUUCGGAACGCCCAUCGCUCAUAACCAGUUGAUCCAGGGUAAGCUGGCAGAUAUGUACACCAAACUCGCGGCAUCUCGUGCCUACACUUACAACACGGCGCGGCAAAUCGAUAAUUCGGCAUCAUCACCCGAUAUGACGAUUCGCACGCAAGACUGUGCCGGUGCUAUCCUCUAUGCUGCAGAGCGGGCUACCGAAUGCGCUCUUGACGCUAUCCAGCUCAUGGGCGGCAAUGGAUAUAUCAACGAGAUCCCGGCUGGCCGACUACUUCGGGAUGCGAAACUGUAUGAAAUUGGCGCUGGUACGAGUGAGAUCAGACGAAUGGUCAUUGGGCGUGCAUUCAACAAGGAAUUUGCGUAAUAUUGCGUCUCAUUAAUACAUGUUCGAGAAUAUCCGGCUGCGUUUGUAUUCACGGAAUUUUCUUAGAUGAUUCACGUCUGUUAUAUAUAAAAAGUAA